AACUGGUAUCCAAGCGAACAUCCCGAAAUCGUAUCAAACUGGAUUUUUCCCCGUUGACGGGACGGCGAAGCAACAUCUCAACUGUGAAAUAUAUGAAUAUCUCCUCGACAACGGUGUUUUUUACAGUAUAGUGUUUGGAAUAGUGCGUGCUGACGACACCGUUAAUGUAGUGUGUGCGGGAGGUGUGGUUUUGGUUUCGCUCAAGAAGUGCGUAAAAAGUGCAUUGAUGUAAGCAUCCUACCUGUACCGAAUGUCCUAUCCUGCUGUGAAGGACCCGUGCAUAGUCUCAGGUUUAGUAUUAGACACUCACCAAACCGACUGCUGAAUGAACAACUUUCAACCGUGAUUGUUAUUUCAAGUAAGGACUUGAGGUGCGUGCAAUAAGAGACUAGAAUUGGACGACCUAGUGAGAAGUCCUCAGUGAUUUCGGGGGGGUUUCAUACCGAACGAGCAAGUUUUGCUGAAGGCAGGACCGUCGGAAAGUAAGGCACAUUCCAGAAUACUACCGAACACCGGCAGAAGGGUCAGAAAAGCUGUUGGCAGCCAAUUUCUGUUUUGGUGACUAUGAAAGAUCUGGUCGAUCUACCAACGACACUACACCAACUCAACGCACAGCGCCCGAUCAAAAGCAAGCGCAACCGAUGGAACGUGGCAAUUUCGGACUUCGCCCGGCUCACGCAUAACCCGAUCCGUGCCAUCGUCGAGGGACUUAAUAUCCAACCGAACCCGAACAAACCACUGAUCGCACUCUCCAUAGGAGAUCCGACCACGUUCGGGAACCUCAAACCGUCACCGGAAACAGUCGACGCGAUCCGUCAGGCGAUCGAAGACGGCACUGGUAACGGUUAUGCGCCAGCGAACGGUCACCUGGAAGCAAGGGAAGCAGUCGCCCGAUAUGUCCAGCACCAGGGUCCAGUAACGCCGAACGAUGUGAUCUUGUGCAGUGGAUGUAGCAGCUCCCUGGACCUAUGCAUCUCGGUGCUCGGUGGUCCGGGCAAGAACAUACUGAUCCCGAAACCGGGCUUCUCGAUCUAUCGCACCUUGGCGGAAGGGUUCGGUAUUGAGUGCCGCACGUACGAUCUGCUACCGGAACGCAACUGGGAAGCAGACCUGGUCCAGCUUGAGCAGCUGAUAGAUGAACAGACGUGUGCACUGGUCGUUACCAAUCCGGGUAACCCGUGCGGUAGCGUCUUCCCACGGGCCCACCUCGAAGCGAUCGUCGAUAUCGCCGAGCGCCAUUUUGUGCCGAUCAUUGCGGACGAGAUCUACGAACAUUUCGUAUUUCCCGACCAUGAAUUCCACUCCGUCAGCUCGCUAUCAAACCGAGUACCGGUGUUAUCCUGCGGUGGACUAACGAAGCGCUUCCUCGUACCUGGUUGGCGUAUGGGCUGGAUCAUUGUGCACGACCGGGACGGUACGUUUGGGGAGGUACGCCGCGGUCUGGCGAACCUAUCCGUACGCAUCCUGGGCAGCAACACGCUGGUACAGCGCGCUCUGCCGGCCAUUCUUGACAACACACCGAACGACUUCUUUGACGAUCUAGUCGCCACAUUGCACCGUCAUGCUGAGUUGGCGUACAAGGGUAUCAAGCAAAUACGCGGUCUCAACCCAAUCAUGCCCGGUGGCGCCAUGUACAUGAUGGUAGGCAUCGAUGUCGAACACUUUCCCGAGUUCGAAACAGACCUGAGCUUCGUCGAAGCGCUCGUCCACGAGCAGAGUGUGUUCUGUCUUCCGGGCCAGUGCUUCGAGUAUCCCAACUUCUUCCGGCUGGUGCUGACCGUGCCGGAGGAGAUGAUUGUUGAGGCUGUGAAGCGACUGGAAGAGUUCUGCGAACAACACUACAAAUUCGACAACGACAUCCUGCUGCAGCAACAGAACGGAUUGCUGAAUCAGAUGACACAGCUGUGAAGGAUCCCCUAUUGGGAACAUUGCCUGUGUUAUUACAACCAGAACAUACAACAACGCAAUAGGUCAAAACCAUGUGUUAGAAAGAGCAUUACUUUAGAGCGAUAUUAUCCUCACUACACAUUAUAGUUACGUAUGUAAACUGUCUUUCUGUCUUGGGAAAUAAAGGUGCAUAUUUUUUUUCUUAUUUUAA